UUUCCAAUUGUCUCUUUCUUUACAAUUUAUAAACAGGUGUUUUAAAGGACCUACUUUUUUUGUGAAUGUGGCUUUAGUCAUCCAAGUCACCAAACUGGACGUCUGCUGCUUCUUUGUAUCGGAUUAAGGGUCGAAAUAACAAACAGCAUUUUUUUUUGCUGAUUUACUGACAUUUUGGCUUCCUUUGUCACACUGACUUCCGUUUUCAUGUGCAAUCAACCAAAGAGUUAACCUAUAUUUUGAUAAAGAAAGAACUAAGCUAAACAUUUUUUGUAGAAAUUUAGCGUUUCAAAUAUAGCGGUUGAUUGGUGACCUCGCUUUAGAGAAGCAACUAGGUAAAGGACUUAAUUGUUUUCAGGCUACGCGCAUGCUAAUAUGCUAAGCUAACUUGUUUAUCCUGUCCUAACAAGUUACCUGCUAAUUGGCCAUCUACUUGGGUUACAUUGAAUGAUUUGACACAGGCAUAAAUGAUAGCUAUAUUUGAACUUAUCCAGAGUGAAUUGAAUACCAGGCUCGGGGAAUUCGCCGUCGCUGCAUUGUUAGAUAAUAAAACCAGGAGCUGGAUUGUAUAACCGUGUGCAACGUUCUUGCGUUUCCCAUCAAGCUAAUCUCAGUUUGAUGGUUCGUUGACACAUAAAUCGUUUUAUAUUCCCGGUGCUUUUUAAAAGUAAAUUUUUUGGAAGACAAAGCGAAGCGAGCAGUUCUUUGUUUUUGGAAGUCGGCAAAAUAAACAAAAAUGUAUCGGUACCCUAAUGAAGUUGAUAACAGCGCUUACAUGAUGGAUCCUUUUGCGGCCCACAGACAACAGAUGAGGAGUCUGUUUGGUCCGUUUGGGUUUGAGCCUUUUCCACUGAGCCCACAGAUUCAGCAUCCGCGGACACACCUGCAGCCGCAGGCUGGCGCCCUGGCUCCCUUUGGAAUGAUGGGAAUGGGAGGAGGCUUUAUGGACAUGUUUGGAAUGAUGGGCGGAAUGUUGGAGAACAUGGAGCGGAUGUCCGGCUCUCCUAACUGUCAGACCUACUCUUCCUCCACCAUCAUCUCAUACUCUUCCUCUGACUCCGGCGCUCCCAAAGUCUUCCAGCAGACCAGCGAACUCCGCACUGCACCGGGAGGGAUCCGUGAGACGCGUCAGUCCAUGCGGGACAGCGAGAGCGGUUUAGAGCGCAUGGCGAUCGGUCAUCACAUCGGGGACAGAGGUCACGUGAUGGAACGUUCCAGAAACCGACGCACGGGCGACAGAGAGGAGAGGCAGGACUUCAUCAAUCUGGAAGAGAGUGAGGCGGCUGCGUUCGAUGAGGAGUGGAGGAGGGAAACCGGCCGGUACCCGCCUCCCAACGCCCGGGGGCUGGACUACGGGCGUGACCGUAGAGCAGGGGCGGGGCAGCAGCUGGCUCUCACUGCUCCACCAAGCUCCUCCCCUUCUCCCGCCCCCAGACAUGACUCACCGCGCCACCCCCCGCCCCACUCCCGCCCGCGCUACGACUGGUGAGAGGUCCAACAGACGAACGAACAGACAGAAAUGUGAAUUCCACAACGCUGUGAAGGAGUGAAAGGGGGAACGAAGGAGGGAAAGAAGAGAUGGAAUACCUGCCUGUCAGAGAUAAAAUGAUAGAACUGGACUGGUCUAUAUAGAUAUUUACGUAUAUAAAUAAACGCGCGCGCGCGCACACACACACACACACACACACACACGUGUUUAGUAUGUAUAUGCAUUAAAAAUUUUGACGCUUGUUGCCCUGUCAUUGCUACACACACACACA